AUGCAUUUCUCUCUCUUCUCAUCACUCGCACUACUAGCACUCGCUGCUGCUGAGGCGACUACUUUCUCCAUUGGACCGGCUGACACGACUUCGACUGUCUGUGGCGCACAGCCAGUACUUGACGCCUGUAUCGCAAGCACCAGCGCCAUAGCCAACGCGUGUCCAACGACUGACUACAACUGCCUCUGUCAAAAAUACACCGACGUGUUGACUUGUUUUAAUGUCUGCCCAAACGACCCCCGUCGUUCUGCCACUCUUUCAUCGCAAUCAGCUUAUUGUUCUAACGCAAACGUUUAUUCUUCCUCUACAUCGAGUGCUAUAUCUCGACCUGUAUCUGCCACGACUACAUCCCUCUCUACGACAACAGCCGUCUCCCACACCACCGAACCAAUAGCCGAGAAAACGACUAGUGCCACGACUACCGCGGCACCAACAAGUACGUCGGGAAGCAGUGCUCAGAAAAUAGUGCUGAACGGGGUGUUUCUACUUGGAGCUGGAGCUAUAGCUCUACUAUAG